UAAAACAGAGAUAAUCAGGAUAUUGGAAGGACAGGGUUUGCAUUCAGGCAAUUCAAACCACAUGUGCCAUCAGGAUCUUACAGAAUCACCUGAAUAUCAUUGGAUUUUGAAAAUGGAAGGAAAUAGCACAAUUUUCAGUGGAAAAAGCUUUGCUGAUUCAUCUUACCUGCUGGCACACCAGCAAGUUCACACGAGAGAGAAACCGUUCAACUGCUCUCUAUGUGGGAAGAGAUUCAGUCAGUCAUCUGACCUGCUGAAACACCAGCGUGUUCACACUGGGGAGAAACCAUUCAACUGCUCUGUGUGCACGAAAGAAUUUGCUUGGUCAUCCAGCCUGCUAAGACAUCAACGCAGUCACACUAGGGCGAACCUAUUCAUCUGCUCUGAGCAUGGCAAAACAUUCACUCAUUCAUCCAGCCUUGUGGAACACCAGCGAGUUCAUGCUGGGACGAAACCAUUCACCUGCUCAGAGUGUGGGAAAGGAUUCACUAAGUCAUCCAACCUGCUGAGACACAGGCAAGUUCAUACAGGGGAGAGACCUUUCAGUUGCUCUGUGUGUGGGAAGGGAUUCACUCAGUCCUCCCACCUGCAGGUACACCAUCGGGUUCACACUGGGGAGAGACCGUUCACCUGCUCUGUGUGUGGGAAAGGAUUUACUCAGUCAACACAUCUGCUGCAACACCAGCGAGUUCACACUGGCGAGAGACCAUUCACUUGCUCUGUGUGUGGGAAGCAAUUCAUUCGGUCAACCAAACUAUUAACACACCAACGUGUUCACACUGGGUAAAAACUAUUCACUUACUCUGUGUGUGGGAAAAGAUUCACUCAGUCAUCCAUCCUGUUAACACACCAACAAAUUCACAAAGAACCAUAGUUUUUAAAGAUUUUGGAAUGUCUUACACCUAAGGAAUGGACUGAGGUCAUUGGGAUGUUUGUACUGAUGUUAUUAGACAUGCUCUAUUAAAGGUGCUAGUAUUGUGGAUUAAAUAUUAGUACAGUUUUUUUCAUCUGUUGGAAAUGAUCCCAACUUGCAUUAUGUCAUUUUCACACUGCUCAUCUGUCCAAUCUCUUAACCAAUGUGUAGAUGGGGCAUUUCUGAUUCAUUAGGACUGGUUAAACAUCAACGAGUUCCUGAGUAACUGUAAAGAUUUGGUUUUGAUGUUAUUAGCAUCUAUCUCCAAUCCAUGUUUGUUGGGGUAAGGUUCUGAUGAUAAUUGUAAACACCCCAAGUCCAGUACGCUUAUUUGGGAUUAAAAAAAAUAAUUUGG